UGUAACAAUCGUUUCCCAGCUGCCUGCGUCUCGUAAAAGUUUUCAUAGAUGUUGCCACUGCUAUGCCAGCCCUAGCGUCGUGCACGAUGCAUCGGAUCAAAGGAUAAUACCUAGUACGUUGAGAGCGUAAACUAGCAAGACCGGCUUAUUAAGUGAGAAUGGCAACAUGGAAUUUCUUAUGCAUCAUGCUCUGCAACAUUCCAAGGUGUUUACCAGAAGUAUGCUUUUCUCGCUCAGGCACGCGAAUUCCACGUUCUCCAAAAUGGAGAACUGCUGGGCGCUCCUUGAGGAUCUAUCACGACAUAUCCGCCACUAGUGGCAACGAUGCUCACUCAACUUUACGUCAACUUGGCGUUAUUUCCAGCGUGGCAGCGUGGCUGCGACGCCGUAUCCAUAGAAGGAUCCCACCCUGCCCUCUCAUUGGCCUCCCCGCGCCGACGCAGCGGUUCUUAUUUUCCCAUCACAUUCGUGGCUGCAUCGUGAAGCUUGGGGGGAAAAGGCUAUGAUGUUUACUGAUUUUUGCUUAUCGUCGCCAGGAUUGCGAAAAGACGAUCCUGAGACGUUAGCGUCACACAUUACCGUUUACUGGGUCCCUUGCCUCUGUGGCUAGCUACUAGACUGCUAGAGGACUGAAAGGGCGGGCGAUGGCUUGAGAUCCCUGGCGUAGACAUGCCAAACUCUUCACAUAUUGACGUUAGUGCUGAUGUUUUUUUACUCCAGGACUUCGAAGCCACUGUUGAGCACAUCUAGGAUCGAAGCCCUAUGAUCGACCCAGGGAGGGAACGCCCAUUACCUCGUUCGUCCCACCUGGCUGGCACACGGGAAAUUUACUCGCGUUAUUAUUCCCAAUCCAUCGGAUAGGAGUUGGUUUCCGACCGAAGGAUCUCCCACCAGCAGGCAAUUGUGCUUACCACGAGAAGGGGUAGCGACAGCUAGGACGUACAUAGCAAGCCGUGGCAGCGUGGGAAAAAUGUCCGUAACUUAGUCCCUGCCCUAGGCACGCAGGCACGGAACCGUGCUGCCGAAAACAAAAGUAAGAUGAACACACUUGGUUCACGUAUGGUUCGGGAAUAGUAAACUCUCCAUGGUGAACCGGUUGAGAACUGCUGUACUGUACUGUACUGUAUCGUACGAAGGUGGCUUUGCCACUCUUGUUUCUGUAG